AUGGGAAAUGACACGGGGGUGACAGGUGUCAUCCAAUUGGGGCUCCCCGAUGACCCCCAUCUUCAGACUCUGUUCCUCUUCACCUUUUUCCUCACCUGCGCAUUAAGCAUCACCGGGAAUCUGACCAUCGUCACUCUCACCUUGCUGGACCCCAGCUUUUGCACCCCCACGUACUUCUUCCUGGGAAGUUUCUCCUUACUGGAGAUCGCCUUCACGUCUGUCUGCAUUCCCAGAUUCCUGGUCACUAUCGUCACUGGACACGGAACCAUUUCUUUUUCCAACUGCUUCACUCAGCUGUUCAUCAUCUUCCUGGAGUUAUUCCUCCUGGCCUCCAUGUCCUACGACUGUUAUGUCACCAUCUGCCGGCCCCUGCACUACAGAGCCAUCAUGAGCAGGGACUUCUGGGCCCUGCUGGUCCUCUGCUCCUGGCUGGCUGGGUUUCUGGUCUCCUUUCUGCCAGUCAUCGUUCUCCAUCAUGAUUUCUGCUCCUCCAAUAACAACCACUUCAUCUGUGCUUCUUCUCCCAUGCUACAGUUCUCCUGCUCGGAUAUCUGGUUCUUGGAGCUGAUGGCUUUCCUCUUGGCCUUGGUGUCUUCCUGCAACCCAAGUCCUUCUGUCCUCGUCCACUCAGAAGGGAAUCUUGCCGUUUCCCUCAAUAUGAUAGAGAUGUUCCGAGGUUUGCUCUGCAAGUCGGGGCCGGAACUGAUGGGGUAA